AUGAAAUUACCAAGAGAAGUAGUUUUUCAAGUAGCAAAAGGUUUUCGAGGGAGAAGCAAAGGAUGCUUUAAAAUUGCUAGAAGCAGAGCAAUGAAGGCAUUGCUCUAUUCGUAUAUCAUGCGGCGUCAAAGAUAUAGGCGACUAAGGGUUCACUGGAUAGCUAGCAUAAACAGAGCGUGUAGGGAAUGGAAGUUUACCUAUUCUCAUUUUAUGUAUAGUUUAUUAAAUAAUAACAUUCUUCUAAAUAGAAAGAGUUUGUACACCCUAUGCUACACAGAACCAGUAAGUUUCAAAUGCUUGAUAGACGAAUCAAAAUAUAUUUUUUUCCAAAGAAAACUCAAGUUUAGAGACAUAUCACAGCUUUAG